AUGGCAGCAGCAAGUCGCCGCCCAUCCCGGCCCGUGGCCGCGCAAGGAUCAUCGGAGCUCGAGCUCAUCCGCACGAUCCUCGGCGAGGAGGUUCCGACGAACGUGCUCCUCUCGUGCCUCCAUGCGGCGUCGAACGACGUGUCGACCGCCGUCAACCUCUACUUUGCGCAGGCGACGCCGACCGAGGCCAUCGACCCCACCAAGAGCAUCCGCUCGUCGAUGCCACUGACGCUGCACCCGUUCGAUGCACCUGGCAUGCUGAGCACGCUCAACGGCUCGGCGACGCUGACGACGGGCGCGGUCGACGCCAUCACGACGCUCAACGAGCGCUUCCGCGUGCUGCGGUUCCGGAAGCGCGGCAGCCCGGGCACGGACGUGCUCCUGCGCAACGGCGACAUUGUCUCCCUCGAGUGCAACGGCCUCUGGCUCAGCGCGCGUAAGAACAAUGCGCUCCAGUGGCGGCCGGUGAGCGACACGGACGACCGCAACAAGUUUGUCGUGCGUGGCCUCGGCCUCGGCGCCGUCAUGAGCAUCGGCGAGCCCUUCUUCCUCACGAGCUACCGCUGGAAGGACCGCGAGAUCUGCAUUCGGCACGUCCAGAGCAUUGGCCUCUCGCUGAACCUGCCAUGGAACAAGCCAGCCGCGGUCGCCACGAACGAGGUCGCGACGCCGCUCAACAACGUCCACCGCUGCUUCCUCGGCCUCACGCGCCCGACCGACGGCCACUGGCGCCUCUACUUUCGCCCGGCGCUGACAGCCAAGGCUGCGCUCGCCCUCGCAAAGACGACUGCGAUCCCUGCGCCGCUCAACAUUCGCGUCAACAAGGCACGGCCGCCACGUCUCUCGCGCGUCAACGAAGACGACGACGACGCGAGCUCGCUCUUUGGCUCGGCCCGCACGUCCGUGUCGGUGGACGAGCUCACGCAGCGCGAGGCCAAGCUCGAUCAGAUGCAAAUUGUCGUCGGAACGCAGUCGACGCGCGACCAGCUCCUGCCGUACCUCGACGGCGCCGGCGGCAAUGUGCAAAUUGCACUGGAGCACUACUUUAUGAACAUGACGGAGCGCAAACGCACGCGGCCGGACAGCCGCAUGCUUCUCGCGAUGCCCCACGAGCCCCUGUAUCGUCCGGGUGCCCACCUCGCACCGGCGGCCAGCGUCCCGAUGGCCACUGCACCGCCGCCGGCGCCGAUGCAAGCCGUGCCGCGCCAAGAUUCUGGGAUGUUUCUACCGCCGCCCACACCGCUCGGCGACGCAGGCGACCGUCCGCCGGCGCCGACCGUGAUUUCCCACAAAUCGCUGACAAUCGAGGACUUUGAGAUGCUCCAAGUGCUUGGUCGCGGAAGCUUUGGCGCGGUGAUGAUGGUGCGCUACAAGCAAGACGGGCGUAUUUUCGCCAUCAAAAUUCUGAAAAAGUCGACCAUGGACACGGUCGACAUGCAGAAUGCGAUGGAAGAGCGCCAGAUCCUCCAGCGUCUCCACCACCCGUACGUCUCGUCGCUCAUCUUUGCCUUCCAGACCAACGAACGGCUUUACCUCGUACUAUGCGGCCGGCGACUGUUUUACCACCUCAACGAGAAAGGCGGCGGCCUCGACCUCCAGAGCGCGCGCUUGUACGCGGCCGAGCUCGUGCUCGCGAUUUCGUAUCUGCACUCGCUCAACAUUUUGUAUCGGGACCUCAAGCCGUCGAACGUCAUGAUUGACGACGAAGGACACAUUGGUGUAGUGGAUUUUGGCUUGUCCAAGCAGCACAUUUACGGCACCAACCACGGCGUCAAGACGCUCUCGGGCACCGCCGAGUACGUGGCGCCCGAAGCGCUCGUCCAGACCGCCGACGGGUCGCGCGAUUAUGGCAAGUCGUACGACUGGUGGAGCUUUGGCAUCGUCUUUUAUGAGAUGCUCGUGGGCGUCUCGCCCUUCUACCACGAGAACGAGCGCAUCAUGCUCCAGCGCAUCGUGAGCGAAGACGUGCAGUUCCCACCCCAUUUUCCCAAAGACGCGACGUCGCUCGUUCUCGGGCUCUUGAACCGCGACCCGAACGCGCGCUUUGGCGUCGAGAAGAUCAAGGCCCACCCGUUCUUUCGCGACGUCAACUGGACCAAGCUCGCGGCGCGCCAAGUUCCCGCGUUCUGGCGCCCGCACCUCUCGAGCGAGACGGACACGCGGUACGUGGACCCGGAGUUUACGCGCGAGGGCCCGCCGUCGGCCGUCCACGACGUCGCGAGCACCAAGACCAAGUGGAGCCGGCGCUUUAGUCAGUUUUCGUUCGACUUGAAAAAUUGA